GUCUCCACUCAUCUAACGCGCUUAGCUUCUUUCAUCAUGGCCACUCCAAUACCAGCUCUCGAGAAAUACCAGUACACAUCGCUUCGACCUGGGAGCUCGACUUUCCGACUCCUGAAGCUGUUGAAAUACCAAAGUCCUGAGAUCGAAUGUGAGCUUUUCCCGCAGUCGCUAUCGAAAAAUGAAAACGUUUCAUAUGAAGCCCUCUCCUACGUAUGGGGCAGCACUGAGCUUGUAGAAUGCAUAAUUCUCAAUCGAAAGCGGCAUUGGAUAACAGACAACCUGUACUCUGCGUUACAAUACUUGCGAUUACACGACAGAGACCGUUAUCUAUGGAUUGAUGCGAUAUGUAUCAACCAAGCCGACAAGGAAGAACAGGGCUGGCAGGUUCAGCAGAUGGGAAAAAUCUUCGGAUUGGCUGAGGAAGUUCUCUUCUGGCUGGGAAAGGCAACCGUAGAGAUCACGGGUCUUAUGGACGCACUCAAUCAGCACCCAAGAACAGGCGCAGGUUGCCAACUUGGACAGUUAACGCUUGACGACAAUCGUUGGGAUAAUUACCGUACCGGGUUACGGCAAUUGCUAGGCCGACAGUGGUUCACACGGGUCUGGAUUCUACAAGAAGUAGCAAACGCUCGAAAAGCUACAGUCCGUUGUGGCACUCGGUCUAUUCCGGCGGAAAUAUUUGCCUGCGCACCGUCCGUAAUAGGAGAAGAACCUGAGCCGCACUGUCAACCUAUAUUGGAGAUCAUGCCAGGGCCUUCCCGUUCAGGAUCUUGGUGGGGCCAGAAACGAGACUUAUGCACCCUCCUUCGCAGAUUCCCAGCCAGCAGAGCAACAGACGAACGCGACAAGAUAUACGCCCUACUCGGCAUGUCCUCUGAUCCUUCAGAUACCCAAAGCAUUGAUAUAGACUACAAGAAGCCGACUCACCAAGUUAUUCAUCAGGCUGUCACACAUCUGCUUCAUAGUACAUCUCUAUCUGUUCACGAGAUUCUUAAUCUCAUGUACUACUUCGAAACUCUAGAAACAACCUGUUUCGUGCUACCAUUCGGACAAGAGGAAGCAACAGAAAUUAUUUUCCCUCAUCUUCGAUCAGGAAAUGUGCUGAAUGUGCCGCUCAUGCCUGAAGAACCAAUUUUCAUGUCCCAGGGCAUACCUGUUGUUGAUGAUCCAGCGCUGCUCAUGUUUGAAAAGAGACUAGACAGAAAUUUCAAAGAGGAUGAUGAGACAUGCCACAGUCAGGUUGUUAGGCUUGUACUAGGCGGCCAGACGAAUGAAUUUCAAGAACAAGAGAAAUAUGAUAAGGGGUUGCGGGUGAUUUCAUGGGGAAGUCCUGAGCACCGAGUAAAGAUAGUGGUUAUUCAUGACAGGAAAAAAGCUAUACUACGGGCUGCACUACAAGGGUGUGCCCACAUUGUGAAGCACUUGCUGCACUUAAAAGUAGGAAACGAAGGAGAGAAGUUGGAGAAAGAAGUGCUCCGAGAGGCCAUAGAUGAAGGCCACGCACUGGCCGUUCAAACGAUACUGCAUCAAAUUACCCAUGUGCACGCGCAGGAGGGAAAGUACGGCAACGCACUCCAAGUGGCUUCAGCUGGAGGCCACAAGGCGAUUGUGAAGCUGCUGCUCGACGCGGGCGCCGACGCUAACGCACAGGGUGGAUACUACAGCAACGCGCUCCAGGCGGCUUUAUACCAAGGCCACGAGGCGAUUAUAGAACUGCUAAUCAACGCAGGCGCUAAUGCUAACGCGCAGGGUGGAGAGUUCGGCAACGCACUUCAAGCGGCUUCAGCUUAUAGCAAAGAGGCGGUAGUAAAGCUGCUGCUUGACGCGGGCGCUAACGCCAACGCGCAGGGUGGAAAGUACGGCAACGCACUCCAGGCGGCUUCAGCUGCUGGCAAAGAGGCGGUAGUAAAGCUGCUACUCGACGCGGGCGCUGAUGUCAACGCGCAGGGUGGAGAGUACGGCAACGCACUCCAGGCGGCUUUAGCCGCUGGCAAAGAGGCGAUAGUGAAGCUGCUGCUUAACGCGGGCGCCGAGGUCAACGCGCAGGGUGGAUACUACGGCAACGCACUCCAGAUGGCUUCAUAUUUGGGAAACGAGGUAAUUGUGAAGCUACUGCUCAACGCGGGCGCCGAGGUUAACGCGCAAGGUGGAUACUACGGCAACGCACUCCAAGCGGCUUCAGCUUAUAGUAAAGAGGCGGUGGUGAAGCUGCUACUCAACGCGGGCGCCGAAGUCAACGCGCUCAGUGGAAAGUACGGCAACGCACUCCAAGCGGCUUCGCGGAUGCACAGAGAGGCUGUGGUGAAAAUGCUAAGAGCAAAAGGUGCGAAGUCAUUCCGACGGAGAGAUAUUUGCGCCGGAGACGAUGGUUUAUAUAUAUCUGGCUGAAGAGAAAGAGUGCUGGAUGUAACUGUAGACAGUGUAGAGUGUUGCCAAGCAUGGCCACCAUCACAGCUCCGCUAGUACUUAUCCCUUACGAAGAUGAACG